AUGUCCCUUCCUGAUAUUCUUUUUAUCAAUGAUCUAAACGGCCUAUCCUCCAAUGCAUCUGUCAGUGCUGUCAAAGCAUGUCAUAAACUGCUAGAACUAGAGUAGGUCCAGCAAACCUAAUGUCACGUAAAUAACACAGAAUUUUAUUGUAAACAAAAAUCACAAAUAGUAAUUGCCAAUUCCUGAUUAAUAAUGACGAGUAAGAAAGGGGCGACAUUGAGAAUUGAAAAUGAGAUUGAUAAAUAUCGAGGUGAGGGUAACUGGAAAAAGGUUAUAGAACUCGCUGAUAAUUUGAGAGAAUUGUACCCCAGUAAUGAAUAUCUGGCAAAUUUCCUCAGUGGUGAGGGCAAGUUGGAGAGCUUUCUGGAGCAAACCCCUCCGAUUGAUGGUAAUAUUUCCAAAGCCAAGUCUGGACUUGCUGAUGCUAAAAGAUGUCUACUUGCAGCAGCAAAUGAACGUGAUAAGCAGGCAGUUGUUGUUCUUGACGCUCAUCUGCUGCUUGGAAAACUCCAUUACGCAAUGGGACUCUACGAGGAGGCUCUCCACCACUACCAGCAGGCUGAGCUCCAUACAUUGACUGAAAAACAACUACCCAGUAGGAGUUUACGAAUUGUUGCUGAAUCAUAUGCAAUUAAAGGACUUUGUCUGGAGAAACAAAUGCCGCCAGGGAAAUCAAAAUAUAAAAUUGCUGAGUGGCAUGAUCAGAUAAUCAAGUGUUUCGAAACUGCUGGUGAUUUAACACUGGUCUAUUUGCAAGAGCAAGACAAAAUGACAAUUCAAAUGCAGAACGGUACAUCGACUAUCAGUAGUAUUAAUAACAUUGGGUCAUACUCGCCUCAACCCGUAAAUACCAUGAAAAAUGUGGGAUCAAUCCUGGAAACUGCUCUGCAAAGGGCCCCUUUCCUGCACCUUCAGGCUGGCAAAGCACAGCCAGCCAUUGAUCGUUACAGAGCUAUUUUAUCAGCGAUUGAAUCAACAGCAACUCAGGGAUUACGAUUGACAUUAACCAGACAAUUAGCAGAAGUUAUAUUGCGUAACAUGAGUGAGGCUGAGUAUAAAAAUCCUGGUGCACCACCUGAUACAUUUGGAACUGGACCCGUUAAUAGGAGAUUUAACAAUUAUGCGAUUACCAAUGGAGUCUCUGAAUCACCCUGGAAGCCAAAGAGAUACAAUGGGCCCAAUUUGUUUGUACCUCGCAAUGAAAAUGAGGAGAUUAUUCUUUUAUUGUUAAUUAGUGAAGCGAUGGCUGUCAGGGAGACUGUGCUGAGUCAAUCCCCUGAGUUUAAAGAGGCAAGAUUGAGGGCCUUUGAGAAUGUUACAGCUGUUUAUGAUCUCAUGACUGUUGUUGUUGUGCGAUGGAGUCAAGUGGAAUUGUUAUAUGAGUCGUUCGAGAGAGCAAUGAAAUUUUCUCACGAGGAAGUUCAUGUUUGGACGCAGUAUGCAUUAUGCUUAAUUCAUCUUGGGAGGUACACUCAUGCCUAUUCAGUUCUCCAAAUUGUUGCCAAACUUUCUCCCCAGAAAGUUAUGCCCUGUCUCUUAGCUGCAAGAUUAUGCUAUGAACACAUCAACAGGGUGAAGGAGGGCAUCGAAUGGUCGCAGAAAGCCCUUCAACGUGAGACCUCAAAUCCUCAGGGUUUACAGUCACGUUGUCACUUGUACAUUGGUCUUGGCCACAGCAUUAUUUCCGGAACCACAACUAUUAAACAGGAUAAGGUGCACCAUACCACGUUGGCACUGGAAUGCUUCCACAAAGCUCAACAGUGUGAUCCAAACGAUCACUUAGCCGAGUACUACCUGGCCCACGAGUACGCAAUCAAUAGACAAAUAAACGAAGCGAUGGUGCAUGUUAAAAUUUCCCUUAAUUUACGAGCCGAACAUAUUCCAUCUCUACAUUUAUUAGCAUUAUUGCUCUCAGCUCACAAACAAUACGCGGAUGCUCUGCAUCUUAUCAACAGUGUCCUUGAGGAAUAUCCAGACAAUUUGAAUUUUCUUUACGUAAAAGCCCACCUUGAAUUGCACAGUGUGGGUGGUGAGGAGGCACUUUUCACGAUUAAACACAUGUUGCAUCUGUGGAGAACCCUCUACGAGGAUCAAACUAAUAUCGAUUGCAAUGAACAGCAGAGCGAAAAAAGGAGCGAAACCAGGAGUGUAUUUCAGUUGUAUACAUCGGAAUUGAGUGACAAGGAUUCAAGCUCGUUACAUGCUCAAUCACUAGCAGCGUCAAGAAUUGAACAGGCAUUAUCAGAAGUUGCUUCAUCUCUGUCAUCUUUCACCCCAAAGCCCGGCCCUCAACGCGCUUGGCUACUACAAUUACAGAUUUGGCUUCUUCUAACUGAGGUUUUCCUCGUCCUAGAUCGUCCGGAAGGCGCCACACUAUCUCUACAAGAGGCGACCAAUAUUUUUCCCCUCAGCCACGAUAUAAUGUACACGAAGGGACUUUUACAUGAAUACAAAGCUGAAUAUGCUGAAGCGAAGCAGUGCUAUCAGAAUGCUGUGUCGAUUAAUCCCUCUCACAUAAAGAGUCUUCAACAUUUGGGAUUGGUUUAUCAUUAUCUGGGAUGCCAGAGACUUGCAGAAAAAACCCUACGUGACGCAGCGAAAAUUGACCCGAAUUCCCAUCAAACUUGGUAUAAUCUUGGUAAAGUAUUGGAAUCACUUGGGGAAAUGGAGACUGCCAAUGACUGUAUGGCAACUGCCCUGGAGGUUGAAAAUACGAAUCCAAUUUUGCCGAUUAUGUCCAUUCCAGUGACAUUCGAGUGAAGGAGAGAGGAGGGCAGGUGUGAAGUACUACGUGGCCUGUUUUCUUUGGCUAUGUGAGCCACAAUGGGCUAGGGAAAAAUGUCAAGACACAUUCCUGGGAGAUCAUGGAAUUAUGUAUAAAACAACACUUUUUGUCAUUGAUUAGAUUCACUAAUUUACGAGACACAGGUUAAAUCAAUAUCAGUGAAAGUCUUGGCGAUGUUGGAUAACAGAAAAUUAUUUUUGCAAAUCUCGAAAGGAUUUACAACAAAAAUCUCCAAUAUUUCUCACUGGAACCCCUAGAAUUUGUGACAUUUCGUAACGAACAUUUCGUCGACGUUCGUAGAACUAUAUUACGCUGAAUGGAAAAUUACGUUUGCACAGUAUAUCUACUUAUUACAAGUAAAUAUUUCUGAAUAUUAAUAUAGAAUAUUUAAUUUUUAUUUCAGUUACAUUGAGAAAAAAUUAUUUCUGCCAAAUAUUCAUUUAUUUGAGGGAAUUACUCAUUUCGUCUCCGAUCAAUUUAUACCUCGCAAUUAUUAUCAAGCUUGAGUUACGACAGUUAUAUUGCUCUAAAACAUCGUAAUGUUAGCCAUGACCUCGAGUGAAACGUAUCAACAAUUGUCGAUACCAUGAAAUUGAUGGAAAUUUUUCCACGUGGAUGAUUUAUCACAAAUUUAUCACAAAUUAUUUACCACAAAAACGUGAACACUUUUCUCAAGUAAAUCAAUAUGUGGCAGAAAGACUUUUUUCUCAGUAUCCAAAAAUGAGAGGAAUUCAUGAGAAUUCUCUAUUGAGAGUAAAAUAUCACAAAAUCUAUUUGACAGAUUCUAAAAUCUCGUAAAUUAUAAAAUUUCUGUUGGGCCAUUAGCUAAAAAAGAGGGCAGAAAAUGGCGGAUUAAAGAAAUACAGGAACAACAAUCAGUUCUGUUCAGGGAUAUUAUAUUUGAAAUAAAAUUUGUGUGCAGUCAAAGCCACAUGACAAAAUUCAUCGAAAUUCCGAGAAUAUCCCUGAACCUUUCGAAUGUACAGGAAAGAAAACAGUUCUAUUGACAGUAUUCCCGUAAGCCCAUCAAUUCCCAAAAUAUUCACAAGCCAAUUUACACUCCAUGAAAAAAUAAUCCCACUUUCUCUCUUUCUAAUUCGACUGAAACUCAAUAUUUAUCUCAUCCAUAUUAAUCCUUAGGGAGAGAAUAUGUAAAUUUUAAAUGGGGAAUGAAGGAUAAAUUUGGUGCCUAAACACCAAAUUAUUUCGAAACGGCGCUCCCAUGCCGGCAUAGGAGUAACUGCUCCCUCAUUCAUCCUCCCCUCAAUGUCAACAUAGUUAUUGAAUUAUUACUAAAUGUAUAUUUGAUGAUCAUGAUGAUUCAACAAAAAACGACGAACAUUUAUUGUAUCAGUAGACCUGCAUGUUCAUGAAGUAUUCGAUACAUAAACAAAAUUACUGAACAAUAAAUUACUGCUGAAUAGAAAAAAAAAGAUGAUAAAUAUUUUAAAAAAUCUAAAACUGUAUAAAAUAGAUUUAUUCUGUAUUUUAAAAAAUGGUGUAAAGAGUUUAAUAAAAGUUAUCAUUUCAAGUGUAUCAAAGAA